AUGAACAUCGGGGCCUUGGGCCCAGUGAUAUCGGGCGCAACGACUGCUGCGGGUGCGGUGCGCUACGUUUGCAACGGACCCUCCAUCGCGGACAUUGUCGGCACCUUUGGCCCUGCUGGGACGCUGCUUCUCGAAACGGGGCUGGCCGGCAACGUGUCGGUUGCGACGACGAACGCGACGUACAGGCAUGCGGCGGGCGUGAUCAGCUUCGCUGGAGCCACGGGCAUCAUGUCUGCUGGAGCAACGAUCAGCACGAAUGGCACGGGAGGGGCGUUUUCCUUUGCACGGGCGCCGACAACCACGCUGCAGCAGGUUUUCACCGACCUUGGCAGUCGCAUGGAGCAGUCGAUACGUCAGGUCGGCCUGCCGGGGCUCGAGGUGAACACAGCGCGUGGGGCGUCCAUUGGCGACCUGUCGAUGCGCGACAUCCUCCUGGCGUUCGCGACGGGAUCUCCGGAGCUUCGGAUAUCGUGUACGGGCGUGACACCGCUUGUUGCCGUCGACGUUUCGCUCGAUCUACGUGCGGACGUGCUGUCCAGUGGCAGCACUGUGCCGAGAAGCCUGACGGUGUCGUUCCACAAGAUCAACGCCUUCAGCUUCACCGUCGACAGCGGUGACAUCGACCCAUGCUCUGGAUCGCCACUGCCAGCAUCUGGAAUGGUCGAGGCCGCGACGGGCUUCGCUGCUGCGACGACGGCGAGCGGGCAGACCAUGCCUCCGCAUGCGCUCGCAGCGCGCGGGUUCGCAUCGCUCGAGUGCAGCGGGGGUGUCAUCGAGAAUGUGGUCGUGCGUCUCAACAGGACCGCUACCGGGGACACGUUCGGGGCGGUCAUCGCCAACGACAUGCCGAACAUGCCGACGAAUCAUACGCUGAGCGAUGCGGCGCUGGUGUACGAGCACUGGCGGAACAGGCUGUCGUUCGAGGGCGUGCACGCCACGUUCGACGUGGAGCUCGUGAUCUUCAACGACUUCCCCACGAAGGGCUUCUUGACCUUCACGCCGCCUCCCGGGUGGUCGGGGACGCUGGCGGAGGCUGCGGCAGUCUUCGGGCGGCCCCUGGAAACCGCGGUGGUCACCCUCGGCGUGCCCGGCCUCGUGGCUGCGGGCAGCACGGCCCAGGCAGCUGCGCUGUCCCUCAACGGCAGCACGGUCAUCGAACUGGAGACAUACGAGUUGGCAGCCAACAGACUCGAGAACCGCCUGCGGCUGUUUGGGUGCGGGCACCUGGGCGACGUCGCCUCCACGGUGUGCUUCGAGGAGAUCUACUUCUGGGACGACUUCGGCACGGGCUUCAGCGGCGGCGAGUUCAUCGCGACGGACGAGGUGCUCUGGCGACCAAACCCGCAGGCUGCCAACCUGGAGAUCACGCUACGUCCGCCACGAGGGACGUCGAUGGCCUUCUCGGACGACCCGUGCAAGGCACGCGACGUGGACGUCUUGCCCAUCGAGGCCUCGACGAGGCUCACAGCAUUGCCCCCUGGCUUGCCGGAUGUGUCGGCAACGGGCUCUGCGUCGGUUCUGUGCUACAAGCACGCCCAGCAGGACGUCAGGCUCAGCCUGGCGACGGACACCUUCGCCCCGCUCGUCGGAGGGCUCGGUUCCUUCGGCCCGGUCGCGAGCCCUGUCCUUGCCGUGUCGAGUGCGCAGCGGGCCGUCAGCCUGCAAGGCCGUGUGGGGCUCCUCAACGUGUCGGCAGCGUUCUCUCUGGGCAGCGCGGCGGGCGUGGAGUACGGUCUGUCGCCGGCGUCUCCGGGCCCUCUCACCCUGGCGGACAUCAUCACGGCGAUCAACAGCACUGGUGUCACGUCCUUCUUCGACGCUGUGGGGCUCCCAGGCCUCCCGCAAAAUGCCAGCUCGUCGUCGACGGUCAUCUCGGCGCCGUCGAUCACGCUCGGCGACAUGACGGUGCGCCUGCAGGGGUCUUUUGCGUUCCCAGACAGACCUGCGUUGGCCGUUCUUGACCUGGCCGGCGUCUCCGCUGGGGCCAGCCACACCAUCUCCAACCUCGUCCUCGACAUCUCUCAGCCUGAUCUCCUGUCGCUGAACGCGUCAGUCUCCGUGCCGUGCCAGACGGGCAGCAAGACGGUGCCAGCCUCGGUUGCGACGGUCACCGGCCCUCCCAACCCCCUCCGCACGGUCGUGAACGGCUCGAUCCUCGCGACCUUUGUCUGUGCGGGGCAGGCGAUCAGCGAUCUUCGCUUCGCGCACGCCACCGGCGUCGUCGACAUCGCCACGGACGCCGUCGGCCCAGCACAGGUCACGUCCUCAACGGUCAGCUUCAGCAACGCCGCUGGUUCGGUGAUAGUCUCUGGCAGCAUGGCGUCCCUGGCGGCGACACUGGUCCUCGACGCCCAGGAUGUCAGCGUCGGGACGAUGCGGGCGCACAGCGUCGGCAGCGUGCCACUGGCACCGCUGUUUGACGCGUUCCCUGGAUUCAGCUCCGUGCUCACCUUCGUCGGACUUCCAGGCCUGCCUUCCGACACGGACUUGAGAGCCAUCGCCGCAGACGGAAUGGACGUCCGCCUUUCGACCUCCGGCUUCGAGAUCGACGUGAUCACGGGGUAUGUCGAUGCACACGGAGGGGUGUAUUCGCUGGACGCCUCGCUCCUGACGGUUCCGGCGCCGCGCUUCGUUCGACUCGCACUGCACAUCUCCCAGCCGAGCGCGCUGGACAUCAGGAUCUCAUCGGAAAGGCCGUGCGCUGGUUCGGCUGCGUUCCAGGACUACCUGGGCGCGACAGUCAAUGUCUCGUCGUUCUCGUUCACCGCGCCUGCCCUGGUGACGGCCGUUAACGGCGCAGCCUCUGGGCGGAUCCAGUGCUCGAGGCGAGACCGCGCGCAGGGCCUGGAGUUCACGGCGCGGCCUGGCGAGGCGUCGCUGGUUGCGACGGGCCUGCUUGGCAACGUCGCCGUCGACGCGCCUGAGCUCGCGUACGACCACGUCGCACGCACGCUGGACAUCAGCGGAGACGCGAACGGCAUAGCGUUCGAGGCGAACAUCUCGCUGAAGACCCCGCUGGCGUCGCUCCCGACCGGAGCUGUGCUGUCCGCUCAACGGACGACUCUGCAGGCGCUCUCGGACGCCUUCUCCGGCGGUACUCGGACGCUCCUGGAAGCGAUUUCCAUCGUCGGCUUGCCGGGAGUAUCCCUGGGUCAAGACCCUGGCUCCCUCGUCCUGCACGGCGUGACCCUGCGGCCUGAUGCCGCCGGGUUCGUCCUGGAUGCCACCACCGUCCUCCCGGGGCCUCUGAACGUCACGUUCUCCACGAGCGUCGUCGCCGCCGGCAGCGUCCUGAGCGUCGCGGCCGUCGACGUGAGGAUGGUGCAGGCCGGCGUCCUAGCGCUGCAGUUCGGAGGCAACGCCCCGUGCACAAGCGGCCCCCUCCAGGCCACAGGCACCGUCUUCCAGCCCCCGAUGGUGCCGAGCCGCCAAGACGUGACCUUCUCCGGCACAGUCACGGUCUCGUGCGUCGCACAGCUCCUCGGCGACCUGAGCCUCGACGCCACGACCGACACGCUCAGCGUGUCGACAGUGCUGGCCGACAGCGUCGUGCUCUUCGACGCGCAGCGCCUGACGUACGUGCACAGCCAGCGCGCCUUCGGAUUCAGCGGCACCAAGCAAGGACUCGACAUCACCGUCUCGUCCUUCCUGCUCGACAGGGCGAACCUCUUGACCAAGGCAACAUGGUCCCAGGCCGCCAACCUGACGAUCUCCGAGCUGUCGACGCGGCUGGGCGCUGACGUCGACGCUGCUAUUGGGCAGGGCGGUCUGCCGCCGCAACUCCCCGCUGGCGCCGGAACUGCGACCGCCGGGAGCGUGAUCCUGUUCCCCGGCCUGCUUGUCGAAGGACAGCACCGGGCCGGGAGCCCCGAAGGGUCGUUCUUGCGACUCGACGCCGACGGCGUCGCCGGGGCGCUCUCCGUCGUGCUGCGCCGCGACCCUGCCGGGACGUGGGAGCAGACGGUGCUGUCGUUCCGUUACGAAACCCCCGGGGUCGUGUUGCUCAUCUCUCCGCUCGGCGACGCUUCGGAGGUGUCCCUCGCGUUCCUCUCGUCGCCGUGCAGUGCUCCGGAGCGCGUCUUUGCGGCGAACGCGAGUGUCAGCCCCGUGCCCCCCGGCAUCCCGGCAGUGGGCGGCGCGGGCACUGUGGAGAUCGUGUGCGUCGGCCCCGGCAUCGAUUCGUUCCGCGCCGCCUUCAGCGUCCUCCCCGGGCUGUCGUUCAACGCGGCGGGCGUCGGGGUCGUCGGCCCGCUGCCCGCCGCGAACGCCACCAUCGUCUCUGAUGGGCCUGAGGUGUCGGUCACUGCGGUGGUACCCCCCCUCCGUCUCGAGGUCUCGUACGACCCGUCCGUCGCCCUCGAGGGCGGUCCGGCGCUGGUCUUCUCCCCGGCAGACACAGAGGGCGCCGUGACGCUGGGCAGCAUGCUCAGCGCACUUCCCGACGCACUGGCAACGCCGCUGACGACGGUCGGCCUGCCCGGCACCUCGCCCUCGGAGUCCGCGGCCACCCGCCUGCGACGGCUGCGUAUUCGAACCGUGCGGCAGCUGAUCGUCGUGACGACGGACAUGGAGCUCGGGGCGAACCUGACGGGCACGCUCAACAUGUCGGUGCUGACCAACGCGACGGAACCCAGCAUCAGCGACCUCACGCUGCGGCUUGUGCAGCCGAACGUCAUGGACGUGAGCAUCUCUGGAACCCCCUGCGGAUCCACGGUGACGGUGGCUCCGUCCAUCGACCUUACGCCCACCAACGGCACCGCGCGACACUCCCUGACGGCUGUCGCGGCCGUCGCGGAGCUGCCGGGGACUUCCCUGCUAGGGCGGGCUCUUGAUGGCCGUGGCUACCUUCACCUGAACGGGACGGCGCGUGCCGUCUGCCGCGGAGCCGCCGUGGUCGAUUUGGAGGCCAGCUUCGAUAUCGGGAACGUGACGAUCGACGCCCGCUUCGCUGGCGCUCUCGCGGCACAGAAUGCGCUCGUGACGUACGCACAUGCGCGGCGCGAGAUCGCCGUCACCGGCCGCCGAGGUUCCUUGCUCCUCACCGCCGCUGCGCACGUGGCGCAGGCCCAGCAGGCAGAGGUGUCGCUGUCCACUCUCAGGAGCCCGGAAAGCCUGUUCUGGAUCCUCAACGACGCAGACAGCGCACCUCUGUCUGCCUCCCUCCUGCUUGGCCUCCCGGGCGUCCGCGUAGAGCUGCCCUCGGACGAGAUUUUGCUCGACAGUCUCCGCGUUGUCAUGGGCGAUGCGGGCUUCAACGCGACGGCUGAGGCGCUCGUUGACAACUGCGUCGCUCUCGCGGUCAACUCGACGGUCGUGGCGGUCAACGCGUCGGCCUACGAGCUCGCAGAAGCGCAGGUCACGGUCGGAGAUCGCACGACUGCCGCAGUCGUCUUUGCCGGGGUUCGGCCUUGCGCGACGGGCAACAUGCCGGCAUCUGCGCGUGUAGACGCGCUCUCCUGGGCGACCCAGACGGUGGAGCUCCCCGGAACGGCGUCGGUCACGUGCUCCGCGAGCGGCGCCGUGCGCGGCAUCUCUGCGGCUUUCUCGCCCUUGCAGUCGCUCGUCGUCAACACAACCAUGUUCGGAUUCGUCACCGUGGAGUCCGCCGCCGGAUCGUACGACCACGACUCGGCCCGCCUCACGUUCGACGGGACGCUCAACUCCUCCUCCUUCCCAGCUGCAGCCGUCGUCGCACUCGAGGACCCUGAGGACCUCCUCCUCUCCGUCACGCCGCCUUCCUCGGCGCUACCUCGCACCCUCGGAGGCCUAGCAGCUGACAUCGACCUGGCCGUGGCGGCGUCGGUGCGGUCCGCCGGGAUUCCAGGGUUCUUGGAGGGUGAUGCGCGCCUGAACGCGUCGCAGGUGAUGGUGUCCGGGGAGGUCGUCGUGCAGGCGUGGCAUCGCGCGUACGAGCUGCGUCUCGCUGGGACCGUCCAGACCCCCGAGACAGGACCCACGAAGGUCGACGUGACGUACCGCGGCCCCGCGCAGGACGGCACGUUUUCCGUUGCGCGGAUGGUCACGACGCUCGACCAGCCGCGACUGCGGCUCAAGUUCGUCGGACCAGGCGUGCCGUGCAGGCCGCUGGAUCCGCCUCUUCCGCCCGCCGCGCGGCGCGGCCUGAGGGACGUGUCCAGCGAAGCGCGCCACACCGACACUGGAGGUUUCCUCGUCGAGGCCGAGGUUCACGGCCUGCCUGGCGGGCUGCUGAACCUGACUGGCUCGGGCGCUGUCGACUUCGUUUGCGACGCGAGCACGCGGAGCGUCGUGGACUACAACUUCACCGUGGACGCUGGCGACAUUGCAUGGCAGACGACACUGCAGGGCACCGUCGUUUCGAUCGAGGACGCCUCCGUGUCGUUCCUCAGCUCUUCGGGCGUCGUCGAGGUCCUCGGCCGCGCUCCUCUCGCGAACGAGGCCACCGCAACGUUCAACCUCACCCAGGAUGCCGCUGUGCCGCUGCUUGUUCGCCGGCUGCCGCAAUUCUUCCCGGCUGCGCUCGGACAGGCGCUCGACGACAUACGCCUGCCGAACGUGGGGGACGCAGCGCUGCGGGUCGGCGUUCCGGGAGCCGCGAACCGCGAGGAGGUCGCGUCCCUCGAGGCGCACAGGCUCGAGGUGCUCUUUGGAGCGGCGGGCGUUGUCAGCAUCUUGUCCAACACGACCGCACAGGGGUCCGACGAGGCGUUCCUGGUCGCGGAGGUCGAUCUGUCGCCAGCAAACGGCUCCGCGCUGUCGAACGACUCCGCGGUGACCGUCCCCUCGGCCAGGAUUGCAGUCGAGCUGCCAGGCAAACUCGUGCUGUCUGCCGGGGCCGAGCGCCCGUGCGAAGUUCCGAGCCCCACCCGCAGCGGCCAGGCGUCCGCGGAGAUCACGGGGCUCCUCGGCCUGUCCAGCCCGCUCGCGAUGCGUGGCUCCGGCACGAUCAAGUGCACCGGGUCCAGACUGACGGGCUUCGCAGCGGAGGUCGCGUCCGACGCCGCAGCACGUGUCGUCGCCGGAUCGCUAGGCCCGCUGCAACUUCCGGGGCUCUCGCUGUCGUACAGCCUUGCGCAAAACGCCUUUGCGUUCAACAGCACGAUCGUCUCAAGCUACGCCCUCCAGUAUGGCGCAACCGUCCGCGGCAACGACACAUCCGUGACGCGCUCCGUCGUCUCCACCAACAGGCCCGGCGUGCGUCUGGCCCAGGUGUCGAGCGACCUCGGCUCGGCGGUCUUCGACGCGGCCUGGCAGGCGCUGGGCGUGGACGCGCUGGUGCCGUGGCCCGACAGGCUGCCGGCGGACGUGGAGUUCGACCGCCUGUCGUUCGCGACUCAGUCGCCAGACAGCCUCACAGCGCACGCGUCGGCCCCGCUCCCGGGCGCGAACGCCACCGUGGAUUUCGACGUGCGCUUGAACCGCACCGCCGGGGCCAAUGGCAGCAGUUUCCAAGUCAACGGAUUGCGGCUGCGCUCCGUGCAGUCCGAGCGCGUCGCCGUGACUGUCGAGGGAUCGUGCGGCGCGACGGAGCCGCACACGGCGCGCCUCGUGGUGCUCGGAGACCCUUCGCUGGGAGGCAUGCUGGACAUGCGCGGGAACGCCACAGUGCUGUGCACCGGCGGGGAAGGAGUGCGUGAAGUCUCCGCAGCCUUCGCCCGAUCCAACCUGACGGUGUCGGCGGGGCUGUCCGGGCCGCUCACCCUGCGAGCUGCGCAGUUCGCGUACCAGCACACCGCGCUCACUCUGUCAGUGCAGGGCGGCUUGGCUGUCAUGGACGCGCGCGUGGAGGCGCGUCUCGGCGCCGGCUUCCCCGCGGACAUCGCGCUGGGCCUCGCGCAGGCAUCGAACACCUCAACGGUGCAGACAAUCCUGCAAAGCUUGGACAUCGAGCGCCUCAGCACUGCUGUGGCUGCCCUGGGCCUGCCAGGGCUGGCGAGCACGCCGUCGGGGGCACUCGACACCGUUCCCGCCCGACUGAACGCUACGUUCACGGCAAGCGGCACCGUCGACAUCGGCGCGAGCGCCGCACUGCCGGAGACGGACGUCGUUGUUUCCCUCCUUGUCAACGCCGUGGCGACCGCGGACCCCGCAGGCUUCACAGCGAGCGCCGUGUCGAUCGACGUCGUCGCAGGCGGCCGCUUCAGUGCGCGGGCGCACGCUGCGUUCCCGUGCGCGAACGGCACCACCGGGUCGGGGAGCGCCACGCUGGGGCCCGUGCCGUCCCUUGUUGCGCCGAUCCGCGCGCGCGGCACGUCACGGUUUGUGUGCUCUGGACCGGCGAUCGUCGACUUCGUCGUCGAGUCCGCCCCGGCCCCCACGGGCCCGGCACUCCUCGACACGAAAGUGCUCGGGAACCUCACGAUGCAGAAUGCCACGCUCUCGUACGCACAUGCAAGGCGCGUCGCCACGGUCGUCGGGCUGUCGGACGACCUCCCCGCCGAGCUCUCGAUUCCAGUCGUUAGCCGCAACGACUCCGCGCUCGAGAUCGGGUUGCCCGCGUCCCAGAGCGCCAUCACGCUGGGGGAGUUCUCGACCCGCGUCGGCUCGGACGGCGUGCUUGCGGCGGUCGUCGCUCUGGGCAUUCCGGGUCAGUUCGAGCCGGACGCGCCCCGCGCCACCGUUGCCGCCAUUUCUGUCGCCGGGCUGCGGGUGACGAUGGCGGACCUGCCGUCCAACCUGUUGAGGUUCGCUGGAUCAACGGCAGCAGCUCCUUUCGACAUCACGGCGCGCCUGGCGUGCGGCUCCGAGGUCGGACUGGCCCCAGGCUCGUGCGCAUUUGUUCUUGCGGCGCUCGUCUUCCAGUACGAGGCGCCUGGGAUUGCGCUCACCGCGCGCGGCCUGUCGCCGUGUACGUCUGGCGACCCCAACGAGACGUCGACGAUCAUCUCCGCCACGCUCAACGGCAUGCCGCCCGGCUUGCCGCGGACCGCGACGGACGGAAUCGUGCAGUUCAUCUGCGGCGAGGCCCCCGGCGAGGUCGUGGACUUCACGGCAGUCCUGCGGCCCCAAGACCUGUCUGUCGACACAGGCGCCGGGGGCGUCAUCGGGCCCCUCGCUGCGCCCACGCUCACGUUCGAGGGCGCGACGAACGCGAUCUCGUUGCGCGGCUCGCUUGGCCGCCUGGUCGUCACGGCCGAGGCGGCGUCGGGUUCAACAGCAAUUCCAGACUUUGUACUUUCUGUCGCUCCGGACGCACCGUCACCGCUAUCGAUUGCGCAGAUCGCGGCCGGGCUUGGCUUGUCGUCCGUCAACGCGACGCUCCUCGACAUGGGGCUCCCAGCCAUCGCGUCCAGCCCCGCGCAAGCGCUGGCGACGCCGCUGCGCAACGCCGUGCUGCGGUUCACGCAAACCACCGUCGAGGUUGGCGGCGAGGUCACGCUGGUUGAGCCCGAGGGCCUGGUUGUCUCGCUGCGCGUGACGAUCGACUUGCGCGUCGGCGGUGCUGCCGCACUCAGUCGACUGGAGCUGCGGCUACAAGUGCAGGGCCGCGGAACCGUCAUCGUGGCGGGUCCUCAGCCGUGCGCCCAGGAGCUCGACGUGACGCUACGUCUCACGCAGCUGCCGGUCGGACUCGGGGACGUCACGGAGUCGGGCACGGCUUCGGUGCGCUGCGCGCCGUCGGGUGCGGUGCAGUCGAUCACAAUCACCUCCGCACUGCCGAGCCGGACCAUCGACAUGGCUCUCGCGGGGGAGCUGGCUCUGCCGCCCGCGGAACUGUCGCUGCAGUUCGUGAACGGGGCCUGGAGCCAGCUCACGAUCGGUGCUGACGUCCCCGGCCCCCUCCGCGCCAACGUCUUGCUCGACCUGGCCGCGCCUGGAGCUAUCACCGCAUCCACACCGACGGUCGAGCUCGGCCCUCUCCCGUCUGGCCCAACCCUCACGAUGGGCUCCCUGUUCGCGUCCAUCGGCUCGGCGUUUGAAACGGCGCUGCGUGCCGGAGGCGUGCCGGGCGUGCCGGACGCCGACCUGGCAGCGAUCUCUGUCAGCAACUUGCUGAUCGACGUCGACCCGGAGCUGAACAGCUUCACGUUCGCCGCAACGCUCGCGAUCGGGCUCGACAUAUCCCUGGAGGUCGAGAUCGAGUUGUGCGGGGUCGCUGCUCAAGCAACGACGGCGCGACGCGUCAUGGCCGCCGCAGCGGCGGGUGCGCGGCAGGCGCGGCGCGUGCACGCAGAAAGCGCGGCGUUGUUCGCCAUGCCGUGGUACAAGAGGCCUGUGGUGGCGCCUGCGGAGUUGCUGGCGCAGGAGGGCCUUGGGGCGAUGCGGUCGGUCGACGCGGACAUGCUGGCCCUGGUGCCUUCGGAGGGACAGCGGCCUUCGUCGCAGGAGACGCGCUCGCGGCUCCUCGCGGCGCAGGGCGCGGAGGUGGUGGUGGUGACGCGCCUGUACGUCAACUUCGUGGGAGGUCAAUUCAUCCAGCUGUCGUUCUCCGCUGGGACGGUGUGCGGCGGGACUGGACGGUUCCCCGUGCAGGGCUCCGUCGACCUCCCCUUCCUGGGCGUGCAGCAGUCCCUGUCGGGCGAGGUUCAAGUCGACUGCAGCGGACAGACUGUCUCGGACUUUGCGGCCGCCCUGAACAUCCCCUCGGCGUCCUUCGACGCCGGCACCUUCAACUUCGACCUGCCGUCGCUGACGCUCACGUUCCGCGCCAGCACGCGGGCCUUCAGGGCGUCUGCGCAGCUGCCUGCGUCGGUCGUCGCGCAGCUGAGUUUCCGGCUGGGCGACACGGCGGCUCCCAACGUCGUCGCAAGUGUCGACAGCAGGGUCGGCACGAUCAGCCUGGGCGAUCUGCUCCCCGUUCUCGGACCCGGAGUGACCGGGGUGCUGGGCUCUCUCGGCGUCCCUGGCUUCGGAACAGCGCUGAACAACUUCCUCGUCGAGAGGCCUGCGUUCCUGGUCGCGCCCGGCGAGUUCGGCCUCAACGCAGUCGUCCUGGUCGGCGUCGUGCGGGUCCGCGCCUUCUACGAGGCGACGCUUGACUUGCAAACCCCUGGAGCGACGUACGUCAUGACGGAGUUCGUGAGCAGCAUCUCGUCGCCGUACAUCGACACCACGAUCCAGGGCGCGGACCCUUGCGCGGGCGGCGGUGCCUCGCUGACGGUCAAGGUGCUGUUCAAGACAUUGCCCUUCGGCCUUGGAACCAUCAACCUCGAGGGCGGCAUUCAGAUGAUCUGCGAGGGCAGCGCUGCCGUGGCAUACGAGGUGUCGAUGGACCUGGAAGCAAACGGCAUAUCGUUCCGGCCGUUCAUGAUGGUCGACGUCGACUUCGCCGACACCCGUCUCGGGUAUCUGUCGUCGGACAACGUCGUCAAGGCCGGCGGCACCGUCGGCGUGCUGCGCGGGGCCCUGGCCAUCCCGCUGGACGACCCCGCCAGCUCCUACAUCAUCCUCGAGACGCCGCACGCAGUGGCGCUGGGCGCGACGCUCGCGGGGGUCAGCCCGACGUUCGAGCAGGCCAUGCAGGAGAUCGGCAUCCCGGGCGUGGAGGGGAGCCCGGACGGCAUCAUCGUGCAGGGACUGUCGCUGGAGAUAAGCCCGACCGUCUUCGCCCUCGACACGGCGUUCGAGAUCGCGGGCACGUCGCUCGAGGUCGUCCUCGAGGCCAGGAAGGUCGAGAGCUCGUGGACCAUGGACAUGGUCGCGCUCAACGGGCGCUCGGCGUGCAGCGGCAAUGCAUGCCUGAUCGCCUUCGACCUGCAGGCUGUGCGUCCCUGCGGCGCCGACACGAGCACCACCGUCACGUUGCAGCUCUCGGAUAUGCCCGCGGGCCUGCCGGAUCUUGCAGCGUCCGGCACAGCGGAGCUCACGUGCGCCGGGAUCCAGAUUCGCGACUGGACGCUGCUGGUCUCCGCCCAGCUGCAGGCCGACUUCACCGUGCUCUCCGACCCGCUCAUCGCCAUCCGGAACCCCUCGGUGUCGAUGAGGUACGCUUCGGGUCCGCGGUCCGUCGCCCUGACGAUUCCGUUCUCCGACCUCUUUGACGUGCGGCUGACGUACGAGCUCGGCCUCGCGUCCUCGGCUCGGCUCGCGCUCGUACUCAACGCCGAUGCGUCGCUCCUGAACAGCCUCUCGAGCCUCGGGAGCGUCGUCGACACGACCCUGGGGGGUGUGUUUGCAAGUCCCCCUGUGCCCCCCUUCUUGGUCGGGAUCGCUCGCUCCAUCCUGGACGCCAGCAUGCUGCGCGGAUCGAUAGCGCAGCUAUCCAUCUCGAGCGCCGGGCAGCUCACGGUGUCCGUGCAAGGUACCCUGCGCGUCUUCGGCGUCAACGUCGUGACCACGGUCGCCGCCACCAGGCCUAAGGGUGGCAGCUGGAUCGGCUUCGCCGGGCUGGACGCCGCCUCUUUGGUCGACGCGCUGCCAGGCCCCGGGGCAAUCAUCGGGAGCGCGAUCCGUUUCCUCGGGCUCGCUGAGGGCUUCAUAGGCCUGAGUACGGGGCAAGGCGACUUCGAGGUGCCCCCCUCCGACCCGACACUCGGAGGCGAUGCCCUGCAGAUCAGUCUGCCGACGUCAGCCAAGUUCCUGACGUUGACGCCGGGACUGACCCUGCCGUUCGUCAGGGACCUGCAGAGCUCUCUUGGGCCUGUGCUAGCGUCGCGAUUCACGGACGACCUGCAGCUCUCGGUCGACUUCCCGAGCGCCGCAUCGUGGCGCGCGACCAUGGUGCUGAACGCCAAGUUCUACCUCAUACCGACGUUCAUGGUAGAGCGCAUCAAGCUCGGGCUGGAACUCGGGGGCGGCGGCGUGGCGGUGUCGUUCGCGUUGGACUUCUCCACCAACCUCGGGCUCUUCCAGCAGGAGAUUCAAUUCACGGGGAAGAUCGAGUACGCCCCUGCGCCGUCGAACUCCCUCGGCGGGUCCUUGAUCAUGGUCUCUCAAGAUGGUCUGCGUUUCACCCCGUCCUUCACCCUCUUCUCCCUGGCGAUGGGCGCGUCGUUCCAGAUCCCGUCCCUCGCACCGACGUCGAUCGAGAUGGCCGGCGCGGGGAGGUAUGGGCAGUCGAGCGCAGAGGGCGCGCUGCUGGUGGACUUCAACCGUCCGCAGGACACAGCCUUCUCGUUGCGCCUCAACAACGCCCGCGUCGACUUCAUCGUGCAGGCGAUGCUGGACGACCUCCUGUACGCCCUGGGCUCCCCGCCCGUGACGCUCCCGCCGAUCGUCACGUUCCCGCUCUCGUUUAUACAAGUGGGCUCUCUCGACAUGUCCUUCAAUCCGCGCCCCAACGACAUCGAGUACGCCGGUGUGCGGAUUCCGAGCGGCGUCUUCUUCGAGGCCUUCGACGUGGCCUACUUCUUCAUGCGCGCCCAGAGGAUCCUCUUCCGACUCAGCGAAAGCACAGUCCAGGGGGAGUUCGUGGCGGCGCCGGCGCGCGUCGGCAGCCUUCUGUCCAUCUCGCGCUCGUCAGCGGACAGGUCGAACGGGCCGUUCUGCAGCUUCUUCGCCGUGACCAAGUCCAGCCCGCGCUUCGAACUCGAGUGCCAAGGGUUCCUGUCCGUCCUGGGCAUCUCGCUCGAGGCGCGUAUUCGCGCCACGCACGCAUCGAUAUCUUUCGUCGGGCGCUUCAACUUCUUGAACGCGAUUUCCGUGGAGCUCGGCCUCGACGGCAGCCUCGAGCGGGUCAACCGAGGCUCUCCAGACCUGGGCGUGACCUUUGCGUUGUCGUCGACGAACGGGCUGCUGGCGGACCUCGUCAGAGUCGUGCAGCGGGAGGUCGUGCGGCUCGUUCGCUUCAUCGGCGACUCGCUCAAGAAAGAGGCGCGCUGGCUGGCAGACAAGGCGAUCGAGGUGGCCCGGGAAGGCGUCCGCCAGGCAAAGGCUGGUCUCGAGAGAGCGAGGCAGGCGGCACAGCAGAUCAUCGCCGAAGCGCGGAAGGCGUUGGAGGCCAUGGAUCGUGCAAGGCGGGAAGCAGAGGCCAGGUACAACCGUGCCAGGCGGGAGUGCUCGUGGAAGAAGCCAUGGAAGUGCGCCGAGGCGGGCGUCAUGAAGGCCGGAGCCGUAAUGAUGCAGGGCUUUAGCUUCCUCGGAGGAAUGAUGGUCCGGAUGGCGGAGGUCACGUCCAACUUAAUCAUCGACGCAGCCAAGUGGGCGCUGACGCAGGCCGAGAGACUGGUGGUUGCCGUCCUGGAGAAGGCCGCCGGGUUCAUGGAGGGCGUGAUCGAGCUGAUCUUCGACGUGCUUGCACGGAUCGCCGAGAACCUCCCAGUCGCGGAGCUGAUGCGCGUGCUCAACAUCGCCGAGCUGCGCGCCACGGGGCGCAUUGGCAACGGCGCAGUGUCUCUGGGCUUCUUCUGCCGCGCGGAGUUCUUCUUCACAGGCAUGCGGGCGUUCGGGUUCAACGCCCGCCUCGACGUCGUCGACAUGGUGGUGCAGCUCGUCUCAAUGAUGAAGAGCAAGAUUCAGAACAUGAUGAAGAGUCUGUUCGACAAAAUCAUCCCCGACUUCGGCGUGCGGCGGUCACGCGUGCUCCUGGGAGACGUGGAACCCGCGACGCCCCGGAGCGAUCCCGAGAGGUUCAUCUGGGCCGUUUACCGGGUCGUUGCGGCCGACAAGAGCAUGGACGAGCUCUCGGAGAUGUACGACGAAUACGUCAAGGGGCCGGCCCAGAAGGGGGGCUUCCUCGCGCACGCGGCACCGGUCAUGGCGCAGCGGCGGCGGGCGCAGUCGUCGAACUUGGUGGCGUUCCUUGCGGCCGAGGGCGUCAACAUCACGGAGCCAACGGAGGAGGACAAGAGGCUGAGCGCCUUCGUCAACGACUUCGACGUCGACGCGUUCGAGCUGCCCCCUGAUGCGACGCUGCCGACGGGCGAGAAGCUCUCCAAGGACUUCAAUCCGGACAACUACACCGCCGCGGUGUUCGACUUCAGCAACAUCUUGGACAGCGCAGAGCAGGAGGAGCGCGAGGCCUCAAAGGCCUUCCAGCCCGCCGGAAGCAGCGUGUACCCCCCGCCCCGCGAGUACCAGGAGCUGCAGGAGGCUACGUUCGAGUCGGUCGCAACCGUGUUCUCGUUCCCGGUCGGCAUUUCCAACACGACGUCUGGAAACGCCACGGCGCCGGCAGCGACGUCCGCGCCGGCGAGCAACGCGAGCUGCGUGUCGCCUGCGGGCAACUACAGCGGCGACGGCGUGCACGCCGUGAGCGCGUUCGCCGCCGAGCGCCUGGCUGCAGCGGGUCUCCGGUACUCGCCCGCGGAGGGCCGGGUGUUCAAGAUCGACGACCCUAUCUUCGCGAAUGCUUCGGCAAACAGCAGCAGUGCUGCCAACGGCUCGGCUGGCUGCGUGCCGGCGGCGAUCGACCUCGAGGCCGUCGAGCGGGAGCUGGAGCACCACCUCAAGCACGAGGUGGCGCUGCACGCGUUCCAGAACGGCCUGCUCUCCGCACGGUCAUUCACCAUCACCGUUGCCAACAACAACGCAGCCGGCAGGCGCCGGCUGGCGCAGACGAGCUCCAGCGCGCGGCAGGUGGCCAUCACCUUGCAGAACGUGGUCACAGCCGACGUCACGUCAAUCAAGGGCUUCCUCCUCGUAGGGUCGUGGGCGGACUCCUUUUCUCAGGCGCUGGCAAACACGACCGUCGCGUCAGGCGGACAGCCCGUGUCUUUGGGCUCCGCUGCGCUCGUCGCUGCGACCGCGUCCACGACGUCGAGUGCGGUCUGCACGUCGCUCACGACGUCGGCUCUAGCAGCAACUACGCCCGCGGCAACAACACCGACAACGACAGCAGCAGCGACCACCUCGCAGCCGGCCGCGAGUGCGCCGAGCGCCACGGUCCCGAGUGCGCCAGCUGGGGACGCACCGGCUGGGGACGCGAACCAGUCACCUGCGCCCACUCCUGCGGCGACCGCCGACGGGGGAGGCGGCGGGCUCGUCACUCCUUUCGCCGUGGUCGCCGGCGUCCUUGGCGCCGCCAUCAUCGGCCUGCUGGUCGGUGUCGUGCUCAUGCACGUGCGCUCUGUGCGGGCGCGCGAGGCGCAGUCCCGGACGUCGGCCGACGGCAGCUCGCAAGUGCUGGGCGGGCUGCCGGCACGGCCGGCGAGCGCGCGGGCUGCGCGCCGAGUGGCACCAGCAGACGCACCGUCGCGGGGUCUCCGGAACGUCCUGUUUGGUGCGUGGGUAUCCUGGGUUGGCGGGACGCGUCAGCAUCCAGAGGUCAGUGCAAGGCGCGCGCGCGUCUCUACACCGGGCGUGAGCGACGACGGCUCCCACGGCCUUGAUGCCGUGAUUCCCGCGCAUCCUGACCAGAGAACCAGCUUAGGAUGCUAA